AUGAAAAAAACAAACAAGACUUCAGGCUCAGAAGCUUCCAGCCCAAAAACUCCGACAGCAAAUAAUGUUUUGGAUGUAUUUCAAGAAAUGAAACAAGCUUACUUAUUGAAAGUUCCUGAAAAUAUUCAAGUUUUAGACUCUUUUAUAUUAUUUAUGGUAAUAAUUUCCAUUAUUCAGGUUGUUUACUGCCUACUUAUUCAAACAACCUAUCCAUUGGACUCUCUAAUCGGUGGAGUAUUCUGUACUAUUGGAACUGCUCUAUUAGUCUUGGCCCUCAGAAUACAAUUAACCUGCCCUUCCUAUUUUGGGAAUAUUUCCCCAAAAACUGCAUUCACUGAUUUUGUAAUUUGCUGCAUUGUAUUCUUUAUCGGAUGCGCAUCUGUAUUAAUAUAG